GCUGUUCCCUGUAUUGCUACCAGUCAACCUCUACCAGCCUACAUUCUCUCUCCUAAUUUCUCUCACUAUUAGUCUCUCUCCAAAACCUUCUUUUGUUUUUAUAUCCUUAACUCUUCACGGCCCCACUUUCCUCCCUCAUCUGCACGUCCUCUCUCUUUCUCUCCCCAACUUUCAUAAACAAACAACAUCUCAGACUUCUUCCUUCAAAUUUCUCUUAAUUCUUCAUCCCCCCCUUCUUUUCCGUCACAAAUGGGCGUCGACAUGUCUAACAAGCCUCCUAAUUCUCAGUUCCCCAAAGACUUCUUCUCUUCUCCUGCCCUCUCUCUUUCCCUUGCGGGGAUAUUUCGGGGAGCGGAGGCGGCGGAGGGAGCGGCGGCGAAGAGUGCGGAGGUGGAGGAGGGAGAGGAUACGGUUGAGAUUAGUAGUGAGAAUUCCGGCCCCGCUCGUUCGAGGUCGGAGGAUGAUUUUAUGAUUAAUGCCGACGACGACGAUGACGACGAUGGUGGAGAUGAGAAGGGGAAGAAGAAGAAGAGGAAGAAAUAUCAUCGUCAUACUGCUGAUCAAAUUCGUGAAAUGGAAGCAUUGUUUAAAGAGUCACCACAUCCAGAUGAGAAGCAAAGGCAACAACUUAGCAAACAAUUAGGCCUCCAUCCUAGGCAAGUUAAAUUCUGGUUUCAAAAUCGUCGAACCCAGAUUAAGGCUAUACAAGAGCGCCAUGAAAACUCGUUACUAAAGACAGAAUUGGAAAAGAUGAAAGAGGAAAAUAAGUCCUUGAGAGAGAACACACAGAAGACUUCAUGCCCCAAUUGUGGCUUUGCAACCACUAGUAGGGGAACUACUGUAACACCUGAUGAUCAGCAACAACUCAAACUCGAAAAUGCUAGACUUAAGGCUGAGGUUGAGAAACUGCGAGCAGUUGUGGGUAGAUAUCCAUCAAGUAGUGUCUCUCCAACAGCUUCAUGUUCAGCAACAAAUGAUCAAGUUAAUAGAAGCUCAUUAGAUUUGUACAAUGGGGGGUUUGGCAUUGACAAAUCGAAAAUUAUGGAGGUAGUUGAUAAAGCAUUGGAGGAGUUGAAAAAAAUGGCUACUUCAGGAGAACCAUUGUGGGUUAAAAGCGUUGAGACUGGCCGAGAAAUACUCAACUACGAUGAAUAUAUCAAAGAGUUCCCUGUCAAGAACUCGAGUGGCGGUGCGAAGCCUAAGAGAUCAAUAGAGGCCUCAAGAGAGAGUAGGGUUGUUUUUGUUGAUGUUCCUAGGCUACUCCAAAGCUUCAUGGAUGUGAAUCAAUGGAAGGAGAUAUUCCCAUGUUUGAUUUCAAAGGCAGCUGUGGUGGAUGUAAUCUACAAUGGUGAAGGUCUCAACAAAGAUGGUGCAGUUCAGUUGAUGUAUGCUGAGUUGCAAAUGUUGACGCCGAUGGUUUCCACAAGAGAGGUGUACUUUGUGCGAUGCUGCAAACAACUGAGUCCGGAGCAGUGGGCGAUUGUCGAUGUGUCUGUAGACAAUUUAGAAGACAACAUUGAUGCUUCACUGAUAAAAUGUAGGAAACGACCUUCCGGAUGCAUCAUAGAAGACAAAUCAAAUGGCCAUUGCAAGGUUACAUGGGUAGAACAUGUGGAAUGCCAAAAGAGCAUAGUCCACUCCUUAUAUAGAACCAUAGUUAACAGUGGCCUGGCCUUUGGCGCAAAGCAUUGGAUGGCUACUCUGCAACUCCAGUGCGAACGCCUUGUAUUCUUCAUGGCUACUAAUGUUCCCACCAAAGACUCAAGUGGUGUUGCCACAUUAGCAGGGAGGAAGAGCAUACUAAAGUUAGCGCAGAGAAUGACAUGGAGCUUCUGCCGGGCAGUAGGAGCAUCAAACUUCAACUCAUGGACAAAAAUCACAACUAAAACAGGCGAAGAUGUUAGGGUAGCAUCGCGAAAGAACUUGAAUGAUCCUGGUGAACCCAUUGGAGUUAUCCUGUGUGCUGUUUCUUCUGUGUGGCUUCCCGUGUCUCCCAGUGUUGUAUUCGAUUUCUUAAGAGAUGAUACUCACCGCCAAGAGUGGGACGUAAUGGCAAAUGGAGGUCACGUACAAUUAAUUGCAAACUUAGCGAAAGGACAGGAUCGGGGCAAUUCAGUUAGCAUCCAGACAAUGAAAUCAAAGGAUAACAUGAACUGGGUACUCCAAGAUAGCAGCAUAAAUACUUUUGAAUCCAUGGUUGUUUACGCCCCUGUAGACAUAUCUAGCAUACAAUCAGUCAUGACAGGCUGUGAUUCUAGCAAUGUUGCAGUGUUACCUUCCGGGUUUUCGAUCCUUCCAGAUGGAACAGAGUCGAGACCCCUCGUUCUCACUUCUGUUCAAGAAGAGAAGAGCUCCGAAGGAGGGUGUUUGCUUACAAUAGCUUUACAAGUAGUCACAAAUAGCUCUCCUGCAGCAAAACUUACUGUGGAAUCUGUUGAGCCUGUUAGCUCAAUUAUAUCAUGCAUACUCGCGAAUAUAAAGACAAGCUUGCAAUGCGAGGAUGGAUGACAAAAACUCUGGCUUCUGGUAAUUAGGUAGAGAUCUAUAACUGUAAAAAAAGAAUAGAUAUGAUUCCUUUGAUGCCUCUGUUUUUUCAUGUGUAUUCUUUUGAUCAUGUCCAAUCUGUUUUGCCUAUUUCAUCUCCCCAACUUCUGUAGAUCUUAAGAACGUACAUGUAACUUGGAAAUGUGCCGAUUUUACAAGGUACAACGAAGGGAGAAUUAUAAGAGGCAUCAUAUUAGAGAUGAUUAUAUAGUUCUUACAAUUUUUA